AUGUUUAGUCGGUCUCGCAAGGGAUCGAAACCCUUCGGCUUCGGAAGCUCAAGCAGCAACAAAGACGGCCAGGGCAACCACCACCUCGAUUUCGGAAUCGUGAGCCCCAAGGCGGUAAAGGACCCCUACCGUCCUGGAACCGCCACCACGACGCGAUCGAACAACACCUGGAACGAUUGGACGGAUGCACCAUCUUUCCCUGAAAAGAACGUCUCCAUAGCCGCAGGUCGCGGGGCCAUCCACCGACCAGAAACAGCUACCAGCUCCUCAGAAGCCCACCGGAGAGGCGAGAGCUACUCAUCCAGCACCAUGGCAUCGGGCGCCGGUAGGAACAGGAGGGAGCGCACCUUUGUGGGGAGCGAGUGCGCCGUCUGCGAGGAGCCCUUGGAGCACACGCUGCGCGGGGAGCGCAUUCUGCAGUUUUCAUGCUCACACGUUUCGCACGAGGCAUGCUUCUACGAGUUCAUCCGCGAGUUCGAGUCGCAGUACUGCCCCUCGUGCGACGCGCCUCUGCACCUUGACACUAGCCGGGGCGGCAAUGUCUUGGAUAUCGAGAAGAUUAGCAACCUGGUGCGAUCGGUUUCAUCUACCGACAACAGGUCAAAUCACACGCCCACGCCGACGGCCCAGGCAUGGGAAAACCCGACGCCGGUGCCGCAGCGCCCCACCAGCAUUGAGUCGAACCAACGGAACAUGCCCAGCACGCAUACCCGCGAGAGCGCGCCGAGGAGUAUCGGGCGCGACAGGGAAAGCAGCCAACCGCCCGCGUCGGAACGAUACGGCCCUUCGAGACACGCGCGCAGCGACAGCGAGGCCACCGGCGUCGCCUCGUCUGGUGGAUAUCCCGAGACGACGCAGAGCGGCCCGCCGCGCCGGCACGACUACGAUGUCCAGGCGAUGGAGACCACGCCGGGCAGCCCCCGCGCCAUCACGAGAAACCCGAUUCCCGCGCCGACCGUCACGGUGCGCUCAGAGUUCCCCACCAUCAACCGGUCGCGGACGCAGCAGACCUUGACCUGCCUGAUUACCGUGGAAGUGCCCGACAACAAAUGGCGGCCCGACCCCGAAGACCUUGGGUCCGCUCCUCCUGGCCCGCCCGCCGUGAACGCCAGAAUCGACGAGGCAUUCGCGAGACCGCCGUCCCCGGCCCGCAGCGCACCGCGAUUCUACCCCUACGAGUCUCGGGAGGUGCUGGAAGAAAUGACCGAGACCCUGAGGAAUCGCGUGGACAACUGGCACGGGCUGGAUUUCAGCAGAUUCGGCAAAUUGCGCCUCUACGGCACAUUGCGCGUCGGAAAGGACAAGGCCUCGUGGCAGGAGCUGGAAUGCUUCCUGUUCGCCGAGAUGCUGAUCUGCGUCAAGGAGAAGAAGGUGCCCAUCCCCGGGCAGUGGGACGAGAACGGCAUGCCCAAGAAGACAACCAAGUGCACGCUCAAGGGAUCAAUCCUCAUCAAGAAGCACCUCAACGAGGUCUCAGAAACUGGUAAUAUCGAUGAGAACAUUCUCACGCUCAACCUCUCCGUGGCCGAGCUGCCGCAGUUCCACCUCCGCUUCGAAAACCGCAACCAGCUGAAGCUGUGGCACCAGGCUCUGCUCGACCUGAACGCCGUCGAGACGUCGCCUGUCCGCAGCCCGGAGUACGACAGGGGCGAAUUCUCAGAGACGGAGGAGGAUGACUGGCAGCGCGGAUCGAGACAGCAGAGAGUAUCGUCAGUCGCCUCGUCCUGGGGCGGACCCAAGUCUGUCACCACUGCUCCGACAGAGUACACUAACUUCCAGAGGAGUCCCACCAUGCCCGCAUCUGUACACGUCCCCAUCGACGUCGUCGUUGUGGUGCCCAUCUCGUCGUCCAUGCAGGGCGUCAAGAUCAACCUGGUCCGCGACGCGCUCAAGUUCAUGGUCAACACCCUCGGCGAGCGCGACAGAAUGGGUCUCGUCACCUUCGGCUCCGGCGGCGGCGGCGUGCCCAUCGUCGGCAUGACCACCAAGGCUUGGCCCGGCUGGAGCAACGUCCUCUCUUCCAUCAAGCCGGUCGGCCAGAAGAGCCACCGUGCCGAUGUCGUCGAGGGCGCCAACGUCGCGAUGGACCUCCUCAUGCAGCGGAAGUACAACAACCCCAUCGCCACCAUCAUGCUCAUCAGCGACGCGUCGACCUCGGAUGCCGACAGCGUAGACUUCGUCGUCUCGCGAGCUGAGGCCGCCAAGAUCACCAUCCACUCCUUCGGCCUGGGCAUGACUCACAAGCCCGACACCAUGAUUGAGCUGUCGACCCGCACCAAGGCCUCGUACACAUACGUCAAGGACUGGAUGAUGCUCCGCGAGUGCCUCGCCGGCUGCCUCGGUUCCAUGCAGACGCUCUCGCACCAGAACGUGAAGCUCAAGCUGAAGCUGCCCGAAGGAUCGCCGGCCAAGUUCCACAAAAUCUCCGGCGCCCUGCAAAUUACCAAGCGGGCUACCGGUCGCGACGCCGAGGCCUCGCUCGGCGACCUCAGGUUCGGCGACAAGCGCGAUGUCCUGGUGCAGCUCGUCAUCGUGCCGGACAACACGUCGCAAGAGCAGCUUCCCCAAGAUCCCUGGGACAACAUCGUCUCUGGUCUGGAGGCGCUGGGCGGAGCCGGCGAGGGCGACGACCCCCGGAUCACCUCCGUGGAGGAGGUGCCCCUCAUCCAAGCAGACCUCACCUGGGGAGACAUCCUGCGCGACGGCACGCUGUCGCAUCUCCCUCGCCCCUCUCUCCUCGCGAUUACGAUGCUCCCCGCCCAGGCAAAGCGGAAGGAAUCGUGGGCCAACUCGCCCCCGAUCCCACCCCACCCUCACAUCGUCCAGCGCCGCAUGGAGCUGCUGACGUCGGACAUGCUGACCCGCGCCUUGACGCUCGUGUCGCGCGGCCAGCACGACCGAGCGCACACCCUACUGAACGAGACCCGUUCCAUCCUGAAGGGACUCGGAAAGGGCGGCCUUCCUCCGAUUCCCCCGCCGCCCCCGCCGAACAGGUCCCUUCCAUCCACCCCUCACCCCGGAAACGACGCUUCGCCCUCCAUCACCCCCGACAGGAAGCAGUCCCCGUCACCGACUCAAUCCGCCAACUCAUCCGCGGUCAACGGGUUGGCCCCCGCCGGCGCAAUCGGCCGCAGCCGUUCGAACGACGGCCUCGGCCUCGGGGCCGGCAUCGACGCCAACACCGUCGCCGCCCUCGACUCCGAGCUGGAGAGCAGUCUGGAGUGGAUCAGCCACCCCGCCGUCUUCGGCCGCGACAGCCGCAAGGCCGUGCUCCAGGCCAUCGGAGUCAUCAGCUCCCAGCGCGCGUUCACCUUCCGCACACCCAUCGAAUCUCUCUGGGCCGGCCGGGUCACGGGUGUGAAGAAACUCACGUCAAAGAGCCGUGAGUGGCGAGACGAGGGAGGCGGCGAGGGCGGCAUCAUGGAGGAGGCCUAG